AUGGCUUCUUCCCAUGCACUUGACGACGAAUCAGAAGCCGAUGACCCUGGCUUUGCAACCUUGCCUGCCCAUCUCAGACGUCGCAUUGACAGUGCCUUCGAUGAGGCGGUCAGCUCUGGUUUAGAACCCUCGAGGAAGCGACGUAGACUCGCCCCACAUUCAGACUCAAUCAACGUUGCACCGUCUUCUGAACCUGGAGGAUUUGUUCUCGACGAGGCUGAGCCAGGAGGAUUUCUUCCCGAGGGCGACGACCAACCAGGAGGUUAUCUCCCGGAUGGCAACGACCAGCCAGGAGGUUUCUUAGUCGACACCCCUAUGCAUGAAGACUCUGCGUCAAAUCACGCCGCUUCUACCCAACACAUCGGGACUACGGACAGCGAAGAAGACGCGAAAAUUCCUCUGUCUCACAUCCCUCACGCGCUACAGCUGCUUGAUCUCCAGCCAGACGACGAGGACGUCCUCGCUGUCUUCAGACAUGCAGCAUCGGGCUGGGAGGACAAGACACACGCGCGUUCGCGCCAAGAUAUCUCCGACGAGCAAUUCGUCAGCAGAAAGGACUGGCGAGCCGUCUGCGCUACUCUGCUCGGUGGCGACGAGGACGACGCAGACACCGGCACCACCCGUGACAGACGCCUACCUGCCGCAGACGCAUAUGACGAGGGUGGUGAGCUAACCCCGCUCGAGAGCUCAGGCUCUGAAGACGAGUAUGAGGCCAGCGAGCCGGAGGUAGAUUCAUCCGACGCAGGCGACGAUGCCUCCGACGACGAAUAUCAAGAGGGUGGGUUCAUUGCCACCAGAUCCAAGGGCAAGCAGCCUGUGUCUGCACGCACGUCGAAACGGGCGUCGCACUCAGCUCGCACUAGUUCACCUGUAACAUCCGAUGACGAUACGAGCAAAACCCGUAACCGCCCUCUUACCACUCGGCAGCGCCUCGAAUGCCGUCGCACGUUCGCCUUGUUCUUUCCUGACGUGCCGGACUCGCAACUCGACAAGCAAAGGAUCAUGAUCAAGGACAUAACUCGCGUCGCAAAGCUCCUCAAGGAGAAGAUCACCGCGGAAGAGACGCUCGAGAUGCUCGAGAUGUUCGCCAGCUCUGCCGACAAGUCGAUGAGCCUACAAGACUUCGAGCGCAUGAUGAUGUCGGCCAAGCUGGCAUAG